CCCAAUCACAGCUGAUCACAUGGGACAUGUACACAGAUCAUCAGAGCACUGAUGAUCCGUCAGCGCCACCUGUCAGUGUCCAUCAGUGCCAGCUCUCAGUGCUCAUCCAUGCCACCUGCCAGUGCCCAUCAGUGCCACAUCAGUGUCACAUUUCCAUGCCAAUCAGUGCCACAUCAAUGCCACAUAUCAGUGCCCAUCUGAGCUGCGUUUCAGUGUCACCCAUCAGUGCCAGUCAGUGUCACCUAUCAAUGCCAGUCAGUGCCACCUAUCAGUGC